AUCGCUGUCUUUCAGUCUCUAUGCACCCAUCACCCAUGUCCUCUUCCCUAUAACCUGUCAACCAUCACCUUCAUAUGACGCUCACUCCAUCAUCAUAAUCAACACCCUCUUAAAUUUCAUCCAUUUUCAUUUCAAGUUUAUGAAUGAUCUUUUGCAAUAUUGACAUGGCUUUCCCUCCUCAUGCUUUCAUCUUCCAAUCCCAUGAUGAUAACAACCCUUCUUCUACCUCCCUCAAUCCCCUUCCCUCAUGUCCUCCUCAGCUCUUUCCCCAUGGGGUUGGUGGUGGUGCACCAUUCAUGGUGAAGAGAUCCAUGUCGUUUUCAGGUGUGGACAAGUCUGAGGAAGUUCAUGGUGAUGAUGAGUUGUCUGAUGAUGGAUCCCAACUCGGAGAGAAGAAGAAGAGGUUGAAUUUGGAGCAAGUGAAGGUACUGGAGAAGAGUUUUGAGUUGGGGAACAAGCUUGAGCCAGAGAGGAAAAUGCAACUGGCUAAGGCUCUGGGAUUGCAGCCAAGGCAGAUAGCUAUCUGGUUUCAGAACAGGAGGGCUAGGUGGAAAACCAAGCAGUUGGAGAAAGACUAUGAGGCCUUGAAGAAACAGUUUGAUGCUCUCAAGGCUGAUAAUGAUGCCCUCCAAGCUCAGAACAAGAAACUCAGUGCUGAGUUAUUGUCUCUGAAAACCAAACAUUCAAAUGAAGUUAGCCUCAAGAAAGAAAAUGAGGGUUCUUGGAGCAAUGGAAGUGACAACAGUUGCGAUGUGAACUUAGAUAUCUCAAGAACAUCUGCUAUAACCAGCAAUCCCUUAUCUUCGCAAUUAAGCAGCAGACAACUCUUCGCCCCAUCCAUCAGGCCUACUAGCAUAACUCAACUCCUUCAAGGCUCAUCUAGACCGGAUACCCCAUGCCCUAAUCAAGUUGUUCAAGAAGAGAGCUUCUGCAACAUGUUCAAUGGUAUUGAUCAUGAGCAGCAAGGGUUUUGGCCAUGGCCUGGGCAGCAAAGUUACCACUGAAUGAAGAUGAAGAUGGUUUGAUUAAUAAUCUCGUAAAACAAUCAUCACAUGCCCUUUAUGCAUUUGAUCGGCCAUGUCGUGGUAACAUUUAUUAAGAAGAAAAGUAUUUUUUCCCCUACCAGUUUCAAUUCUUGUUUUGGCUGUAGAUUUUGUUGCAUAGAACUGAACAUAUUUGCUUCAAUUCAACAUCUCAUUUUGGCCAGAAAAAUCAGUAUAGGGGAUACCAAUCGGUUGGCUCUGAAUAAUACAGUAUCCUUCCCAUA